CUGAAAACAUUGAUCACUUCCUGCUGUAAGGGAUCGUCUAAUAAUAACUUGGCUACAUUGUUGUAGCAGAUUAUUACGACAUAUGAAUCGGUUUUAAAGAGGCUGAAUCUUAUUACUGAUGCAGGUGCUCAGACAUCCACCAGAUACACUACGCCAUGCCCUCAUCUCCGAGGACCCCAUGCUGUUGGAGCUAUAUGAGCAGUAUAGUACUGCAGAGAAGAAACUGCUCAGUGAAGCUUAUAAUCCGGUCAGCGCCCUCUUCAGGCCAGUGACAAUCCACUCCCCAUCAGACUGGAUCCCAUCACAUCCUGAGCCUUCUGAAACCUUCCAGGAGUUUUAUCAGAAACCAAACCGACAUAUACCCAAUGCUGAGAAGAAAACCAUUUAUGUGCAGACUAUAGGUCAGUUUGGAGACUCAGACAGACUCACUCGGGAAUACAUUGGGUGGCUGAAAGGUUACUGCCAGGCAUUCUUUUAUGGUUUGCCUGUAAAAGUCCGGGGCCCUGUCCGCAUCGCAGACACAGGCUGCGCUUUUCGAGUCAAUGAUUCAACUCACAAUCUGCAGAUUCAUGCAGGAGACUUACUGAAAUAUCUGAAGACGAUAAAGCCAGCAGAUGCAUUCUGUAUUGUUGGAGCUACCAUGGUGGACCUGUAUCCUCGAGACUCCUGGAACUUUGUGUUUGGCACAGCAUCUCUGACAGAGGGAAUAGGGGUAUUUAGUUUUGCUCGUUAUGAUGAGGAUUUUUACAGUCUCCGCUACAAAGGCAGGAUAAAAGGGAAGAGACCAGCACAGGGGGAUUAUUCAGUGUUUGAAGGAUAUUAUACUCCAUUGAUCACAGGCUCGCUCCUCCUCCGUUCCUGCAAGACACUUACACAUGAGAUUGGGCACAUGUUCGGUCUUCGUCAUUGCCAAUGGUUGCAGUGUGUGAUGCAGGGGUCCAACCACCUUGAAGAGUCUGACCGGAGACCCCUGGACCUCUGCCCCAUCUGUCUACGCAAGCUGCAGUCCGCCAUCGGGUUUAACAUUGCAGAGAGAUACAAUUCUCUGCUCCAAUGGACUGAAGAGGAAGAAAGUAAUUCAGACACUGGGACCCAUGAUGAAGACCAGCAUAGAAUCCCUAAACCCGUGGAUCAGUUUCAGGAGCACAGAGCAUGGAUCACAAGGUGUUUGUCUCUCUUGACAUAAAAAGGCCAUCGCUGAUGCAUGUACUGAUAAAAAUGAUUACGCACAAUAUUCUGCUCUCAUGGCUGUAUUACCAUACUUGGACAAGAACUAAGCAUUGUAGAGUGACUGACCUGUGUACUAAUGACCCUGGAACGUUAACAAGCAACAACCAUGACAUAUUUACAUUUAUCCAAAAUCCAGUUUGGGACUAUUCACAUAUCUUAUUGAACAAUAUAAUUCUUUAUUCAACUCAUUUAAACAAUAACAAAAGGUAUCAUAAAGCAAAUAAAUAAGAUUUUAAACCUACCAGUAAAUCUUUUUCUCCUAGUCCGUAGAGGAUGCUGGGGACUCCGUAAGGACCAUGGGGUAUAGACGUGCUCCGCAGGAGAUAUGGGCACUAUAAAGAACUUUAGAAUGGGUGUGCACACCAUCCACACCGUAUAACCUGGAAUAUACGCAACCAGUUAACAGUAUGAACAAAAAACAGUAUCAGCUAAAGACUGAUCUCAACUGUAACAUAACCCUUAUGGAAGCAACAACUAUAUACAAGCCUUGCAGAUUUUGUCCGCACUGGGACGGGCGCCCAGCAACCUCUACGGACUAGGAGAAAAAGAUUUACCGGUAGGUUUAAAAUCUUAUUUUCUCUUACGUCCUAGAGGAUGCUGGGGACUCCGUAAGGACCAUGGGGUUUAUACCAAAGCUCCAGACCGGGCGGGAGAGUGCGGACGACUCUGCAGCAUCGACUGAGCAAACGCAAGGUCCUCAUCAGCCAGGGUAUCAAACUUAUAGAACUUUGCAAAAAAGGUGUUUGAACCUGACCAGGUAGCUGCUCGGCAAAGCUGUAAAGCCGAGACGUCUCGGGCAACCGCCCAAGAAGAGGCUACCUUCCUAGUGGAAUGGGCCUUUACUGAAUUUGUUAACGGCAAACCCGCCGUAGAAUGAGCCUGCUGAAUCGUGUUACAGAUCCAGCGAGCAAUAGUCUGCUUCGAAGCAGGAGCGCCAACUUUGUUGGCUGCAUACAGGACAAACAGUGCUUCUGUUUUCAUAACCCGAGCCGUCCUGGCUACAUAGAUUUUUAAGGCCCUGACUACAUCCAGGGACUUGGAAUCCUCCAAGUCACCCGUAGCCACAGGCACCACAAUAGGUUGGUUCAUAUGAAAUGAAGAAACCACCUUAGGCAAAAAUUGAGGAUGAGUCCUCAACUCUGCUCUAUCCACAUGGAAGGUCAAAUAGGGGCUCUUGUUAAACAAGGCCGCCAAUUCGGACACCCGCCUUGCAGAUGCCAAGGCCAACAACAUGACCUCCUUCCAAGUGAGAAAUUUAAAUUCAACCGGUUGAAGAGGUUCAAACCAGUGAGACUUCAGGAACCACAACACCACGUUAAGGUCCUAAGGUGCCACUGGGGGCACAAAAGGAGGCUGGAUGUGCAGCACUCCCUUUACAAUAGUCUGGACUUCUGGGAGAGAAGCCAAUUCCUUCUGAAAGAAAAUAGACAGGGCCGAAAUCUGUACCUUAAUGGAGCCUAAUUUUAGGCCCAUAUCCACUCCUGUCUGUAGAAAGUGGAGAAAACGGCCCAGAUGGAAAUCUUCCAUAGGAGCAUUCUUGGCUUCACACCAAGAAACAUAUUUCCUCCAGAUACGGUGAUAAUGUUUUGCCGUUACCUCCUUCCUAGCCUUUAUUCAAGGGCCCUCAUUCCGAGUUGAUCGCUCGCAAGGCGAAUUUAGCAGAGUUGCUCACGCUAAGCCUACGCCUACUGGGAGUGUAUCUUAGCUUCUUAAAAUUGCGACCGAUGUAUUCGCAAUAUUGCGAUUACAAACUACUUAGCAGUUUCAGAGUAGCUUCAGACUUACUCGGCAUCUGCGAUCAGUUCAGUGCUUGUCGUUCCUGGUUUGACGUCACAAACACACCCAGCGUUCGCCCAGACACUCCCCCGUUUCCCCGGCCACUCCUGCGUUUUUUCCGGAAACGGUAGCGUUUUUUCCCGCACGCCCAUAAAACGGCCUGUUUCCGCCCAGUAACACCCAUUUCCUGUCAAUCACAUUACGAUCGCCGGAGCGAUGAAAAAGCCGUGAGUAAAAAUACUAUCUCCAUUGUAAAAUUACUUGGCGCAGUCGCAGUGCGAUUAUUGCGCAUGCGUACUAAGCGGAAUUUCACUGCGAUGCGAUGAAAAAUACCGAGCGAACGACUCGGAAUGAGGGCCAAGAGUAGGGAUGACUUCCUCCGGAAUACCUUUCCCAGCUAGGAUUCGGUGUUCAACCGCCAUGCCGUCAAACGUAACCGCGGUAAGUCUUGGAACACGCAGGGCCCCUGUUGUAACAGGUCCUCCCUGAGAGGAAGAGGCCAUGGAUCUUCUGUGAGCAUCUCCUGAAGAUCUGAAUACCAGGCCCUUCGAGGCCAAUCUGGAACAAUGAGGAUUGUUUUCACUCUUUUUUGUCUUAUGAUUCUCAAUAUUUUUGAGAUGAGAGGAAGAGGGGGGAACACAUAGACCAACUGAAACACCCAAGGUGUCACCAGGGCAUCUACCGCUACUGCCUGAGGGUCCCUUGACCUGGCACAAUACCUCCGAAGCUUCUUGUUGAGGCGUGACGCCAUCAUGUCUAUGUGAGGAAUUCCCCAAAGACUUGUUAUCUCUGUAAAAACGUCUUGAUGAAGUCCCCACUCUCCUGGAUGGAGAUCGUGUCUGCUGAGGAAGUCUGCUUCCCAGUUGUCCACUCCCGGAAUGAAGACCGCUGACAGAGCGCUUACGUGAUUUUCCGCCCAGCGAAGAAUCCUGGUGGCUUCCGCCAUUGCCACUCUGCUCCUUGUCCCGCCUUCGCGGUUUACAUGAGCCACGGCUGUGACGUUGUCUGAUUGAAUCAGAACCGGUAGGUCGCGAAGAAGAUUCUCCGCUUGUCAUAGGCCGUUGUAUAUGGCCCUCAAUUCCGUUGAUGUGUAGACAAGCCUCCUGGCUUGACAUAGUCCCUGAAAAUUUCUUCCUUGUGUGACUGCUCCCCAUCCUCAGAGGCUUGCGUCCGUGGUCACCAGAACCCAGUCUUGAAUGCCGAACCUGCGACCUUCUAGAAGGUGAGCACUUUGCAGUCACCACAGGAGAGACACCCUGGCCCGGGGGGACAGGCUUAUCUUCUGAUGUAUUAGUAGAUGGGACCCUGACCACUUGUCCAGGAGGUCCCACUGAAACGUCCAUGCAUGAAACCUGCCGAAGGGGAUGGCCUCGUAGGCUGCCACCAUUUUCCCCAGAACUCGAGUGCAUUGAUGAACAGACACUCUUUUUGGUUUUAGCAAGUCUCUGACUAUUGUUCUGGAGGUCUUGGGCUUUUUCUAUCGGGAGAAAAACCCUCUUCUGUUCCGUGUCCAGAAUCAUGCCUAGGAAUGAUAGUCGAGUCGUUGGAAUCAAUUGUGACUUUGGCAGAUUGAGAAUCCAACUGUGUUGUUGUAGCACUCCCAGGGAGAGCGACACGCUCUUCUGCAAUUGAUCUCUUGAUCUUGCUUUUAUCAGGAGAUCGUCCAAGUAUGGGAUAAUUGUGACUCCCUGCCUGCGCAGGUGCACCAUCAUCUCCGCCAUCACCUUGGUGAAAAUCCUCGGGGCCGUGGAAAUCCCAAACGGCAACGUCUGAAACUGGUAAUGACAGUCCCGUACAGCGAAUCUCCGGUACGCCUGAUGAGGAGGAUAUAUGGGGACAUGAAGGUAUGCUUCCUUUAUGUCGAGUGACACCAUAAAAUCCCCCCCUUCCAGACUGGAGAUCACAGCUCGGAGCGAUUCCAUCUUGAAUUUGAACUUUUUCAAGUACAGGUUUAGGGAUUUUAGAUUUAAAAUGGGUCUGACCGAACCAUCUGGCUUCGGGACCACGAACAGGGUCAAAUAGUACCCUUACCCCUGUUGGACUAGGGGAACCUUGACAAUCACUUGCUGUUGACACAGCUUUUGAAUUGCAGCUAACACUACUUCCCUCUCUGGGGAAGAAGCUGGCAAGGCCGACUUGAAAAAUCGGCGAGCGGGCACCUCUUCGAAUUCCAGUUUGUAGCCUUGGGAUACAAUAUCCAUCGCCCAAGGAUGCACGUCUGACAGAACCCAGACCUGGCUGAAGAGUCGAAGAUGUGCCCCCACCGGUGCGGACUCCCUCAGUGUAGCCCCAGUGUCAUGCGGUGGAUUUAGUAGAAGCCGGGGAGGACUUCUGCUCCUGGAAACUAGCUGGAGCAGGUGCUCUCUUUCCUCUACCCUUACCUCUGGCGAGGAAAGAUGAGCCCCAACCUCUUCUGGACUUAUGCGACCGAAAGGACUGCAUCUGAUAUUGUGGAGUUUUCUUUUGCUGUGGGGGAACAAAAGGCAAAAAGGUAGAUUUACCCGCGGUAGCUGUGGCAACCAGGUCCGCGAGACCUUCCACAAAUAAAACUUCACCUUUGUAUGGCAAAACCUCCAUAUGCUUCUUUGAGUCGGCAUCACCCGUCCAUUGGCGGGUCCACAGGGCUCGCCUAGCAGAAAUCGCCAUGGCGUUGGCUCUCGAACCCAGCAGCCCAACGUCUCUUUGAGCGUCCCUCAUAUAUAAGACUGCGUCUUUAAUGUGGCCUAAGGUCAAUAAAAUGGUAUCCCUGUCUAGGGUAUCAAGGUCAGCUGACAAGGUAUCUGUCCAACCUGCAACUGCACUACACACCCAUGCCGAUGCUAUUGCCGGUCUGAGCAAAGCACCUGUAUGCGCAUAAAUAGACUUUAAAGUAGUUUCCUGUCUGCGAACAGCAGGAUCCUUGAGGGCUGCCGUGUCCGGAGACGGUAGCGCCACCUUCUUGGAUAGGCGUGUUAAAGCCUUGUCCACCCUGGGUGAGGAUUCCCAACGUACCCUGUCCUGUGCAGGGAAAGGAUACGCCAUAAGAAUCCUUUUGGGAAUCUGCAGUUUUUUAUCAGGAGUUUCCCAAGCUUUUUCAAAUAACUCGUUAAGAUCAUGGGAUGGGGGAAAGGUUACCUCAGGUUUCUUUUCCUUAUACAUGCGCACCCUCGUGUCAGGGACCGAGGGGUCAUCUGUGAUAUGCAAAACAUCUUUUAUUGCAAUAAUCAUAUAAUGAAUUCUUUUGGCCACCCUUGGGUGUAACCUCGCAUCAUCGUAGUCGACACUGGAGUCAGAAUCCGUGUCGGUAUCAGUGUCUGCUAUUUGGGAUAGGGGACGUUUUUGAGACCCAGAAGGGCCUGGUGACCCAGUCGAAGCGGUGGAUUGACUCCCAGCUUUUUCUCUGGACUCUGCUUUGUCCAAUCUCUUAUGUAAUAAGGUCACAUUUGCAUUUAAAACAUUCCACAUGUCCAUCCAAUCAUGAGUCGGCGUUGCCUACUGAGACACCACAAUCAUCUGCUCCACCUCCUCCUUAGCUGAGUCUUCCGCAUCAGACAUGCCGACACACUCGUACCGACACCCCCACACACACAGGGAUAUAGUUAUAAGGAGACAGUUACCCAAUAAGGCCCUUUGGAGAGACAGAGAGAGAGUAUGCCAGCACACACCCAGCGCCAACUGACACUGGAAAAUAAUCUCCCAGAUAAUAGCGCUUUUAUCUUAAUCACUGUGUUAAUACACUCACUGCGCCUUACAAGUGCCCCCCCCCCCUCCUCUUUUCAGCCCUGUGUCAUCGUGUUCAGCAGGGGAGAGACCGGGGAUCCAGCUUCUCUGCAGAUCUCUGUGGAGAAAAUUGUGCUGGUUAGUGCUGAGGGUCCAAGCUCCGCCCCCUCCAGCGGCGGGCUUCGGUCCCGCUCAAAAUAUCACAAAACUAGCGGGGGAUUUAUAGAAUUACUGCCUCCGCAGUGUCUAACCUUAUAAUGCCAGAAUUAGAGGUUUUUAUUGCUGCCCAGGGCGCCCCCCCUGCGCCCUGCACCCAUCAGCUAGUGUGUGUAGUGUGUGGGAGCAAUGGCGCGCAGCGUUAACGCUGCGCGCUUACCUCAGUGAAGAUCUGAAGUCUUCUGCCGCCUUGAAGUCUUAUUUUCUUUUUAUACUCACCCGGCUUCUAUCUUCCGGCUCUGCGAGGAGGACGGCGGCGCGGCUCUGGGACGAACAGCGAGGGGAGACCUGCGUUCCGACUCCCUCUGGAGCUAAUGGUGUCCAGUAGCCUAAGAAGCAGAGCCUAUCACUUAAGUAGGUCUGCUUCUCUCUCCUCAGUCACACAAUGCAGGGAGCCUGUUGCCAGCAGUGCUCCCUGAAAAUAAAAAACCUAACAAAAUUCUUUAUCAGAGAAACUCAGGAGAGCUCCCCUGUAAUGCACCCAAUCUCCUCUGGGCACAGGAUCUAACUGAGGUCUGGAGGAGGGGCAUAGAGGGAGGAGCCAGUGCAUUCUAAAGUUCUUUAUAGUGCCCAUAUCUCCUGCGGAGCCCAUCUAUACCCCAUGGUCCUUACGGAGUCCCCAGCAUCCUCUAGGACGUUAGAGAAAAGGGAAAUAUAUGUGCAAUAAAUAUUUAAGAAUUCUAGUUGUCAAGUACUUUUUAUUUUCUUUCAGCCUAGGUGGACACUGGAAAAAUGGGGAUAUGGUGGUUCAGUAGUCUCCAGGCACCAAGAAGUUAAACUUGUUGCAGAGUGCAGUUGAGGCUCCUCCUCCCCUAUACCCCACCUACUUAGCCAGGAACCAGUUUUUCUUGGUGCCUGAUAGGAAAGGACGCCUUUUGAAUUUUCUUUUCUUGUUGCUACAUGAGCCUGUCAGUGACGGCCAGUCCGGCGCUACCGCUGACCGCACCAACACCCUUUUCUAGCGGCCGGUGUGCGGAUCUCAUGGUCAGUCACACCGGCCCCUCCUGGCACUCGAGGAAUCGCAAGCCAGACACUGGGGGCAGGUAAGCAACUUCCCGCGGCAACCACCGCCUGUAGGGGGACAGUCUCUGGGUCCUGGCAGCGCUGCUCAGUCCUUAGUAAGACACCGCUAAAUCCACCACCCUACCUAUUCCAGGCGUGACUUCUCUUAAAGACCCUACUGAUAAGAAGCUUGAACAGUUUCUCUAAUGCUGGUGUGACUAUUCGUCCUGUGUUUACUUUGGCUUGGAUAUCCAAGACCAUUGGCAGCUGGGUGGACUUCUUGGAUGAAGUCCAUCGAUCUGGGACACAUCAUUUAAACCUGCUGUCCAUCGUGGAUAACAUUAUUAGGUAAAGCAGCCCUAGACUCCAGGACUUUUGCCUCAAAAUUUUGGCUUCCUGUGUGGAAGCUAGAAUGGCCUUAUGGCUUCGUUCUUGAUGAGCCACUAAUUAAUCCAAAAAAGGCUUUAGAGGCCUUACCCUUUUCAGGUGAGGUUCUUUUUGGUCAAGAAGUGAACAAGAUUGUGGCUGCCUAUAAGAAGGCUUUCCUACCCUCUGCAGCGCCAAAGCCAAAACAGACUUCCUUUUAUCCACAAGACAAAGCGAGAGGACAGGUCUCUUCUAAAGUACAGGGUUCUGCUAAGAACACUAGGUCCAAAUGGUCAAUAUGCAUGGUUUGGUCACCGCCAGGUCCCCAAGCCAGCUGACAGGCCUGCGGCAUGACAAUCCAGGUCCCCACAUGGUCUCUUGGGUGAGUGGUCGCCUACUGCAGUUAGCCUACGUUUGGCUAAGGACCAAAUCUGACGACUGUCCGUAGCCUAUCACUGAAGAAGCCCCCCAAAGUCUGGAUCUGUUAUGGAGGGCUAGCACAUAUCUAACGGCCCCCCUCAUUAGCACCAAACCCAUCUAUGGAUUCCAGGUACCUUUUUCAUUUCACUUCCACUCUAGAUACUGUGGGUCUCCCAUAACAAUUGUCUGCAAUAUAUGUACCUACAAACAUAUCCACUAAACUUAUUCUGUGGAUACCUCUACCACUAGGGAUCACUAACCCAGAGUAUAAUGCAUAUUACACACUCUGAGGCAUGUUCACUCCACACGAUCCUCAUAAAGUUACAGACAGGCACAGUCAUUGUGUAUAUUUUCGCUGAUAGUGGUCUGCAAUGUUAUUGUAACAGACACACUUCUGUGAGAAGAUCACAACAGCAGAUGUCUAAUUUCCUACACUAUAUAUCCCUGUGACACACUUCAGCAGUCAUACUCACAUAUCAGUCACUGUUUUGCACAUAAUACGUAGCAGUCUACAGUGUACGGCCAAUGGGAUAACUUACUAUAUCUGCAUAUCUGAUCUCUAUACUUAACCUUCUUUGUGUGUAGUACCCACAUACUUAUGGUUUACACAUAUUGUUUAUGAAUACAGCCACACUACAUGGAAAUAAUACGGUAUGCGUUUGAGACUCUUUAUGCAUAUAUGCUUGAGGAAUUGACAUGAAUAUAUACAGUACAUACAUACUAUCUUGUGGUGUUUUCUCUAUAUAUGAAUAUUGUAUGGGUACAUAUACACACACUACAUGAAUGCACAAAUAUCUAUGGAAAGCAGCCAUAUUAGUAUGAUGAAUUAUCAUAUUGUGUACCUGAAUACAAUCCACUUAAAAGGGCUACUAUCACCUUGGUGCUGAAUUUCAUAUUAAAUUUAGGAAGUCACCUACAGAUAUUAUACCAAAAAUGAGUUUUAUGGUAAGAACUUACCUUUGUUAAAACUCUUUCUGCGAGG